AUGAAUGCAGAUAAUGAUGGCGGCAGCUCUUGGCCCAGCAGUCCUCGCAGUCAAACCCUUAGCGAGACGUUACAGUUCGCUCCCAAGACGUUGAAGGCCUUGCAGGAGCAAAGACUGCUUGAGACUGAGCAGAUUGAGGUUACGAUCUUUAAGGAGAAGGCCACGGACGUGAUUGAUAUACUUACAGCCGUCAAACGCAUGAGAGAACUCGAGCUUCGCCACUAUGUGGAAGCUAUAAACUUUAACUUAGCCCGGGCUGUAAGAAUCAGUUAUCAUGCAGCUCCGUGGCCAGCCAGCCCCUGCCGCCUGCGAGCACUGUAG